AUGAUGGUUAACAACCGCUUCAAUACAAUACAGCGUCUGUCGGUCUUGACGGGCAUGUCCGAGAGGUCUCCGAUCAAGGGCAAGUCAAAGACGACGAAUCUCUUCUUUGAUUUUAUCAAAUGUUUUGUUGCACAGAUAGGCUCGCUGGACUGCCGACCUGGCUACAUAUACGUACAAAAUGUGCUUUAUUUGCACGUUGGCAAGACGACGUCCCCAGCGUCGGGAUCCUCCCGCGCACUGGUGGUUGCAGUGUCGUUGGCUUCGAAUGACUGGACAACGCCAUGCCAUGCAGGCGAGUGUUCAUAUCAUAUACCUGAAAGUCAACACUCGAUGGGAGCGACAUUGAAAAUUAGUGGCUCACCGUCUGCAAUUUCGGAUAUUUCUACGGCUGCGGGCUGGGAAGUCUUCAACUGCUCGGCAAAUGCCUCUGCGCAGGAUAUACGCGUUGUUUGCUCAGGUGAUGAGUCUGUAUGUUCGCAUAUAUUUAAGGAUGGCGCAGAACAUACUAUCGUUCGGCUGCCAGAAGGUUGUGGGAGGACUCCUUUUGCUCGCGUCUCGAGAGCAUGGAUCUCCGAAGACCAGGUGAUUCCGGCUCAUGUUCGUUCAAAGUUGAAGAAGCGAGACGGGAACUUGCCUCCUGUUCAUGCGCUUUCGCUGGAUACCGACUUCGGCAAGUCUUCGAGCUCCAACAAGGGAGAUGUCUCGCUCUUUGUAUUUGCGUCGACGAUCCCCGGAAUGGCAGAGAGCGUGUCGCCCCCACCUGUAGUUAGACAGCAUGCCCGCGAUAUUUUAUCCCGUAAUGCAAGCGGUGCCAGCCCAGCUGAUUUUGAUAUUUUCUCAUCCAUCAUUCCUUCCGACGGAUUAGGCUCAUUCGUCCGGAACACGACAAAGAAUUCGAUUCCUAUCAAUGUUGACCAACAGUUCAACGUCUUCAAUUCCUCACUGCCCUGCACUGGGAAUGCAAAUACACAGAUUAGUGUUGACGCCGAUCUUACGGUUCAAGGAGAGAUCGACCUUGGGGUGGUAGCUCAGGGAACGAUCGUACCUCCCAAGUUUAACCAGUUCGGCAUUUUUGCAACAAUGUCGGCCGAUCUCGGUGGCACACUUAAUCUCGGUGCAGACCUUUCUGGAGAAAUUGACUCUCCGGAGAUCACUCUUGUAAAUGUUGGACUUCCUGGACUCAGUAUUCCCGAUGUCAUCUCUCUGGGUCCAUCAGUCACCAUCUCCGCGAAAGCGACGGCCAAUAUCGACAUUAAUAUGAACAUGGGCGUUGGCCUUGGAUACAGCAUUAGCAAUCUGACGUUAUUCCUCCCUCCCUCAGCAGGCCAUUCAUCGUCUGCUGUGGUCACACCGAAGGACAUCCCGUUGGGACUCUCUGUUAGUCCUGGUAUUAAGUCGUCGACAUCCUUCUCCGCACAUUUGAUACCUGCCCUCAAUCUCGGUGUUGUUGCCUUCGACAUAGAUACAGCAGCGUUCUUGAAAUUCGAUACAUCUGCAACUCUUUCACUAGAUCUCAAUGCUGGCGCCGAUGCAAGUAUAGAUACCACAGGCGCAACCAGCAACUCGACUGAUGUGAACGGGUGUGUCGAUGUGAGUGGCGGGGUUUCGGUCAACGUAGGCCUAGACGCCAAAUCUCCCCUAUUUGACCUACUUGGAAACUCGGCGACAAUCAAUUUGGCCGAGAAGGAUCUGGACUUCUUCAAAAAAUGUCUUCCGGAUGUUUCGAGCUCAUCUGUUGCAAGCCCGAGUGCGACUGGUACAGCUUCACCACAGGGUCGUGCCCUUGGCUCUACACUGCCGUUUACUCGAGGCAUGGAGUCUGAUCCUUUAGCAAAGAGAGCAGGAUUUUCUUGCCCAUCAAACGCUGAGACAGUAGAGACUAGUAUAGUAAAUACAACACUGUCCAGCUCUAGCUUCCAAGGGAACUAGAGCUUCGCACAGGUUGGCGAUGGUCGGUUCAGUCGAGGGUCUGAUUGAAAGCUGGAAUCUGUAAAUUAUUUCGGAAUUUUCUGUUAGUGAUC